CGUACGUAGGCAGGGAAACCACGCAGCAACGGAAACCUCUGAAAGCGACUAAAAUCUGCCGUCUGAGAUGCAUACCAACCGAUAAUGUGCUGUCUUCAUAAUUAUUAACUAGGAUUACAGCGACAGUGAGCUAGCACGGCAGCAGGACAAAUUUUGGGUGCAAAGCCAAAUUUACGACACAGUUGUGCAUGAACGACCCCGUUAACUCCAGCUGACGUCAACAGGCUCUCGAGGAUCCAUCCCCGUCACCUCACCUGAGCCGACACUCCUGAUCUGAAACUCCACUGAUCUGCCAGCAUGGUUAACACAGAGUCUAUCAGUGUGCGGGUCUUCUCUCUGAACUGCUGGGGGAUCCGAUAUCUAAGCAAAUACUGUCCUGAGCGCUAUGCCAUGAUUGGAGAAAUGUUGGCUAAGGAAGAGUAUGAUAUUGUCUUACUGCAAGAGGUGUGGAGCGAGAAAGACUAUCUCUACUUGAAAAAGAAACUUGCUUCCUGUCAUCCUCACUCCCAUUACUUCAAAAGUGGAGUCAUAGGCAGUGGGCUGGCCAUUUUCUCCAAGCACAGAAUCCAUGAUACCUUUCUUUAUCGCUACUCACUGAAUGGUUAUCCUUACAUGGCUCACCAUGGAGACUGGUUCGGUGGUAAAGCUGUUGGGAUGGCUGUCCUAAACCUUGGGAGCCUGACUGUAAACGUCUAUGUCACUCAUCUGCAUGCAGAGUACUGCAGAGAGAAGGACUCUUAUCUACCUCACAGAAUAGUUCAAGCCUGGGAGCUGCAGCAGUUCAUUCGCCACACCUCUGCUGGAGCAGAUGUGGUUAUUGUUGGUGGUGAUCUCAACAUGCAUCCUCAGGACCUUGGGAACAGACUACUGAGGGCUUACACUGGACUGCGAGACUCUUAUGUAGAAACAGCUAAAUUUGACGGGUGUGAGAAUGGUAUGACUCUAAUAGCAGACAACCCUUUUAUCAGUAAAAAGGAGCUUGUACCUUUUGAGAAGGGAAUUCGAAUUGACUACAUCCUAUUCAAGGGUUCUUCCGAAACCGACAUUUAUUGUGAUUCCAUGUCCACCACCAAAGGCUCCGUUCCUGACCGUUCUUUCCCGUACUCCGACCAUGAGGCUCUAACUGCUGAACUGAGGCUGGGGGUGCACAUUCCCACUGAAACAGGAAGUGACAGACAAUCAAAGAAGGAGGACUCUGCGACAGGGAAGCUGGCUGAGUUGGUGGACAUUGUGACUGAGGCCCGCACAGAAGUCAAAGUGGGCUUGCACUGUGCCGAAAUGAUGCGCUACACAGCAGCACGCACUGGAAUAAUGGGAUUGGCUCUGCUGUUCCUGGAGUUGGUCAUCGCAGCGGUGCCGUACUUGGCUCUGGGAGCAGAACAGCCGUUCCCUCGUACCUCCUUCUACCUGCUGGCUGCGCUGUGCUUUGCCAUCCUGCUGGUCACCUCUCUGCUGUACAUCUUUUACACCAUGGAGCUGAAAUCACUUCAGGGGGCUGAAGACCAGAUGAGGCUGGCUAUAGGUAGUCUGCAAGAGAAGCUUAGGGGUUUUCCUCUGGCUGGGCUUCAUAAUCCUCCACGGAGGCCCCCAGAGGGUCAGCAGCGCAGUGCCUUUGAGCCAGAGGAGUAAUGUAGAGGCCAAGUGUGUCAAAGAGAGAAAGAAGGCUUUAAAGUCAGCUUUACAGUGUGACAUGUGAGGAACUCUGCUCUUCUGAAUGUGUUAGAUGCUUUGGAGAUUUCUAUUCAUAUUGCAGAAUCAAUCAUAACUGAAAGGCUUUUCUAAAAGUAGUGCAGGGCACAUGCAUUGACAUUAUAUACUUUUAUAUAGUGAUCUAUAGGCUUUUAUUACAGCUAGUUUUCACCUGAUGCACCUACAGUACACAAACAUGCUUUCUGUUAUACUGUAAGAUGCUUCUGUGCUAUUGCUAUGCUUAAAGGUCAUAAAUGUGACCGUUAAUGUUUUUGAGCCUCAGGUCCGAUUUGCAUUCCACCCACCAGUAGAUUCAUAGGGACCAUUUUUUUCUGUUUUUAAUUUUGUGCUUCCUUUUUUUUUAGUUUAAUAAUCAACUACACAGACAAUAGGGUUCCAGGUUGUGUUUAGCAAAGCCCUUGAUUUGCUUAAAUACAUGCAGAAAGUGGCCCUGUGGUCUCCAUUGCACAGUAAACACAAACUCUCCAAAUGAUGAAGGUUUAGAUUUCAGUCAGUAAUAUUUUUGAUUCUCCGGCAGCACUUGUCAGACAGCGAUCCUUUGUGCUGUGGAUAACGGAAAAAAAGUCUGUCUGCGUGUCUCAUUUGUCAUGCUCACUAUUAUAGCGUCUUUAUCUUAAAGACAGUCUACACUCCCCUUAUAUAUUAAUGUAUUGGUUGAAAGACACUGCUCUUAACUCUGACUUUUUAAUCAUGUUUUUACAAAGCACAAUGUACCAUAACAGUUAAAAAUGUCAUAUUUUUAGUGUGCAGUGCACUUGGUUGAUUAAUCAGGUAAACCACUUCUUUUUAUACUUCCCUCAAAGUAUUGGGACAGUGAGGCCAAUCCCUUUGUUUUUGCUAUAGAAUGAAAACAUUUGGGUUUGACAUAAAAAAUCAAUAUGAGACAAAAGAUCAACAUCUCAGCUUUUAUUUCCAGGUCUGGAUCUGAUAGACAGCUCAGAAGAUAGCAGGUUUUGUCUGAACUACCCAUUUUUCUUGUGAGCAAAAGUAUUGGAACAGAUGAACUUAAAAUAGAUUAAAGUGAAUAAGACUUAAUAUUUAGUUGUAAAUCCUUUGCUUACAAUAACUGCACCCACCGACAUCACUAAACCUUUGCGUUCUUCUUUGUGAUGCUUUUCCAGGCUUUCACUGCAGCCUCUUUCAGUUGUUUGUUUUGGGGGAUUACUCCCUUCAGUCUCCUCUUUAGUAGGUAAAAUGCUCUAUAGGGUUCAAAACUGGAGAUUGACUAGACCACUCUAAAAUCUUCCACUUCCUGCCCCUGAUGAACUCAUUUGUGGUUUUAGCAGUGUGUUUUGGGUCAUUAUCUUGCUGCAUGACGAAGGAUCUCCCAAUCAGUUUGGUUCCAUCUCUCUUUAAAUUGACAGACAAAAUGUUUCUGUAGACUUCUGAGUUCGUUGUACUGCUGCCAUCCUGCAUGACAUCAUCAGUGAAGAUUAAUGAGCCCGUCCCAGAAGAAGCCAUGCAAACCCAAGCCAUGACAUCACCUCCACUGUGUUUCACAGAUGAGCUCGUAUGUUUGGGAUCAUAAGCAGAUCCUGUCUUUCUCCAGACUUUAGCCUUUCCAUCACAUUGGUAAGGGUUAAUCUUUAUCUCAUCAGUCCAUAAAACUUUGUCCCAGAAUUUCUGAGGCUUGUCUCUGAACUUCUUGGCAAAUUCCAAUCCAGGCUUCCUAUUCUUCUUGUUAAUUAGUGGUUUGCGUCUUCUUGUGAAGCUUCUAUACUUUUGUUCAUGAAGUCUUCUGCAAACAGUAAACUGUGAUACCUUCACUCCUGCCCUCUGGAGGUUGUUGCUGAUUUCACUGACAGUUAUUUUGGGGUCUUUCACUUAGUCUGUUUCUGUCGUCAAUUGCUGUGGUUUUCCUCGGUUUACCUGUUCAGCCUGUACGUAGUACAUCAGUGAUGACUUUCUUCUUUAGGACACUCCAAACGGUUGUACUGGCUAUAGCCAAUGUUUGUGCAAUGGCUCUGAUUGAUUUUUCAUCUUCUCUCAGCUUCUCAUUUGCUUGUUUUUCACUCAUAAACAGCUCUCUGGUUUUCACAUCGAGUUACUCCUCUAACUAUAAAUCCACAGUCUGCACAGGCAAAACCCAAAGCUGAAACUGAGUUUAGACAUUCAGCGCUGUUUGUUAGAAUAAUCAAAGUAACAGGACAUACCCGGACAGCAAAACACACCUGUCAGUCACAUGUUCCAAUACUUCUGCUCCCAAGAAAAAUGGGUGGGUUUAUCUGAACUGAUCAGAUGUAAAUACCUGGAAAUACAAGCUGAGAUGUUGAUCUUUUGUCUUAUAUUCAUCUUUGACUGCCAAACCAAAUGUUUUCAGUCUACAGCAAAAAAAGAGAUUCCAGUACUUUUGGAGGAGAGUGUAUCUAUGCUAGGAGAUUGCUUAAUGUUUUAUAUUGCUGAAAAACCAUGUUGCAAUUCAACGAGUUUCAUUAUUUCAACAUUCAACAGUCACCUCAAUGCAAAAGAAGUACUCUGUAGUUCUUAAUUUGAUUAAGGUUUGUAGAAUUUCAGAUGAUACUUGAUGUUCAUUCCAACAGAAAACUGUGAUGGGCAUGAUCAUGAAAGCAAUAA